AUGAUCCUGCGGAAGCUGGUGUCUCUCAUCCUCGAUGGCACCUGGCCGUGCGCUCGAGCCACCGCAGCGGCGCACGCGGCCGCCGUCAAAGCCGGCCACGCGGUGGACGUCUUCCUGUCCAACCACCUCAUCGUCUCUUAUGCCGGGUCCGGCCUCCUCGACGCCGCGCGGAGGGUGUUCGACGGAAUGCCGCGCCGGAACCUCGUCUCGUGGUCGGCGCUCAUCUCGUGCUGCGCCCGCGCGGGGAGGCCGGAGCUGGCGCUGGAGCUCUUCGCGCGGAUGCGAGGCGCGCGGCCGAACGAGCACGUCUACGCCAGCGUGACGCGCUCCUGCGCCGCCCUUCGCGCGCUCGCGGCGGGCGCGCAGGUGCACGGCCACGCCGUCAAGAGCGGGUUCCUCGACGCGUCCUUCGUGGCCAACUCCAUCGCGUCGAUGUACAUGAAGUGCGGGUGCUUCGACGAAGGGUACGACGUCUUCAGGACGCUCGCGGAACCGACCGUCGUGUCGUACAACGCCACGAUCUCCGGUCUGGCGGCGAGCGCACAGCCGGAGAAGGGCCUGGAGGUGUUCAGGCUAAUGAAGCUGCGGGGGCUGCGUCCGGACAGGUUCUCGUACGCUGCUGCUCUUGGAAUCUGCAGCGAUUUGGAGAAUCCUAACAUUGGAGCAGCGUUGCAUUGUGACACUAUCAAGAUCGGCCUGGACGUCACCGCCUUUGUGGGCAAUGUCAUCCUGGACAUGUACUCGAAACAUGGCACCAUCACAGAAGCAGAGCAGGUGUUCUUUUCAGUGGACGAGAAGGAUGCAGUCACCUGGAACACCUACAUCGCUGCACACUCGCGGCACGGUGGCUAUAUCGAAGCUCUUAUGCUAUUCAAGGACAUGUUGGACACAGACGUCUGCCCUGACAACUUCACCUACGCCAGCGCCCUUGCGGCGUGCGCGGAGCUCUCUCUGAUCCGCCAUGGCGGCCAAGUUCACUGCCACCUCAUCAGAAGCAGAGAAGACUCUGAUGUCGCCGUGGGCAACGCGAUCAUCAGCAUGUACGCAAGCUGCGGUCACAUGGUGCAUGCCCUUCGCGCUUUCGAUCAGCUGCGAGGCCGGAACCUGUGCUCGUGGAACACGCUGAUUUCUGGGUUCGGCAAACAGGGCCGUGCCAGGGAAGCCAUCGAGACCUUCGAGCGGAUGAAGGAAGCCGGGAUCGCUCCGGACUCGAUCACAUUCACCGGCCUUCUGGCUGCCUGCAACCACGCUGGAUCGGUGGACCAAGGCAUGGAGUACUUCAGCUCCAUGAGCGGGACGUACGGCGUCUCGCCCGGAGCCGAGCACGUCUCUUGCGUCGCCGAUCUCCUGGGCAGAGCUGGGAGGUUGAAGGAGGCGGAGGACCAUGUCCUGGCAUCCGCGUCCCGCGACGACCCCGUCGCCCUGGGCAGCCUGCUCUCCGCCAGCAGGGUCCACGGGGACGCCGACGUCGGCGAGAGGGCCGCCGCGAGGCUUCUGGCGCUGGGGCCGGCGACGACCUCGCCGUACGUGCUGCUGUCGCAGCUGCACGCCGCGGGCGGGCGGCGGGGCGGCGCCGCCGAGGCCUGGCGGAUGCUGAGGGGCGGCGCGGCGAGGAAGAAAGAUGCCGGCCUCAGCGUGGUCGAUUUCAGAUAA